AUGCCCAAGAAGAAAGGCAACCUCAAAGCCGCCCUCAACGGCCACUUUGCGCAGCAGGAGCAAAAGGCCCGCGAACGAGCCGCCCAGGAAGCUGCGCGGCGCAAGGCUCUCUCCGUCACCCGCUCAGGCGACUCGCGCUCCAAGAACGCCAAACGCAAGCACGCCAGCAUCGAGCACGAUUCGGGCAUCACUGAUGCGCUAGGGCAAGCAUCGUCCUCGGCUGAAAGGAGCGCCGAUGCUCCCGGCAAGAAACGCAAACGGCUGCCGCAGCCGUUCGCGCGCGACGAUACAAUCCUGAUCGUGGGCGAGGCGAAUUUCUCGUUUGCCCUCUCGUUGCUUCUGCCUCCUCGCUCGCAUCCUCCAUCCCAGAUUUUGGCGACGGCAUACGAUUCCGAGGAGGAGUGCUACUCCAAGUAUCCAGAUGCACGUGACAUUGUGGCGCAGAUUCGCCGCUUGGCGGGGCGAGACGAUAUCGUUCUGUUCGGCGUGGACGCGGGUCAGCUCGACAAGUGCAAGCACGUCACGGGCGCUGCCAAGGCCAGAGCCAAGGUCGAUUCGAACCUCAUCCAUGGCGCUGAUGGCGGGUCGUAUUCGACCUCUGCGAGCGCAGGCAAAGCGCAACGAAGGUGGAGUAAGGUCUGGUUCGGCUUCCCGCAUGUGGGUGCGGGCCACAAGGACGAGACGCGCAAUGUGCUUGCCAACCAGCUGCUGCUGCUGCGAUUCCUCGUGUCUGUAGCACCGUACCUCACCUCGGGCUCGCUUCCAACAUAUGCUCCUGGGAGCAGCACUGGGCCCAAGAGACGCAGUGGGUCCGAUGACGAGGACGAACCAGAAGACGAGGAUGUUGAUGACGAUGCGGUUGAUCUCGACGGCACGAAUCUCUCUACUGCCACCACGGACGCAGAUCAGGCCGUAGUCGACGAGACUCGUGCGCGCAUCUCGGCGCUGCAACCGCUGCAGCCACCAUCACGCCAGGGCUCCGUACUAAUAACAUUGCGCAAUGCCGCACCGUACACGCUGUGGGACGUGGCGAACCUCGCCAAGCGUCUGCCGCAGAUGUUGCCCGUGAUUGCCGCCACGGCACCGGCGCUGCCCAAGGGCGUCAAGAAGCCUUCGCUCAAAGACCUCACCGCCAGCGGCCUCUCGGUACACAGUCCCAACAACCUGCACUCGAAAGCGGCCGAUGCCAAGAACACCUCGCACGCCCGCGAACGAAAGUACCGCAGCUAUCACCUGUGGCGCAGCUUCGAAUUCGAUCCCACCGAAUGGCGCGGCUACCAGCACAGGAGGACCAUCGGUUGGAUCCAGGGCGUCAGCACGGGCGGCAACGACGAUCUGCUUCGCUCGCGCUCAGCCCAUCGCGCAGAAGACGGCAAUGUCAGAGCAAGCAAGGCAGGCGCAGGUGAGUGCCGCACGUGGGAAUUCGGCCUCUCGUAG